AUGGCGCAGGCAAACCACACCGGCUUCAUAUCAAUAACGCCCCUGCUGAAGCGGCUUGCGACCCUUGAGUCAGCCAGACAAGUGGGAGCAGAGGAGAUCGCCGCUGCUAUUGCUUUGAUAUUCACGAACAGUGUUUCACCAGUCCAGUUCGCAUUGUUAUUGUGGGCUCUGCACACAACCGGCCAGGACCAUUCGCCAGGUAUAUUGGCAGCAUGUGGCGCCUCGAUGCGCAAUGCGGCUACUCAGGUCGACCAAAAAUUGUUGCAUGGUGUCGUCAAGCACAAGGCGUUGGCUGAGGGAUCCUAUAGGGGUGGGCUGUGUGACAUAGUGGGCACUGGUGGCGAUGGCCACAAUACAUACAACGUCUCAACAACCUCGUCCAUCAUUGCGUCAGCGCUGCUCAUGAUGGCGAAACACGGGAACAAUUCAUCAACCUCUCUUUCUGGAUCCGCAGACUUACUGCAGCAUGCCCAGCCAACAGCCCCAGUCAUCAAAGCUACGACGAAUACAUCACUAGCUGAAAUCUAUGGGAAGACCAACUACGCUUUCCUAUAUGCUCGAGAAUGGCACCCAGGCAUGGCUUAUGCGGCGAGCACAAGGAAAGAGAUUCCUGUCAGAACCAUCUUCAAUCUUCUGGGACCGCUCGCGAACCCAGUGCACGACACGGGUCUGAUUGAAGCGCGCAUCCUUGGGGUUGCUCGCAAAGACAUCGGCCCGAACUUCGCGGAGGCGCUCCUGUUGAGCGGCGCGAAGAAAGCCCUGGUUGUUUGUGGGGAUGAGAACCUCGAUGAAUUCUCGUGUGCUGGACCGACCCACUGCUGGUAUAUCCAUGAAGGUGACGAAGCUGAAAAUGCAUCGGGCACUCAUUCGAAGAAGCAUACCACCAUUACCGAGUUAAUGAUGUCCCCCUCCGACUUCGGCCUACCGUGCCACCCACUGAGCGAAGUGCACGGCGGUAAAGGUCCAGCGGAGAAUGCAGAGAUCCUGAUGAAGAUUCUGCGAAACGAGCUGCCGGCUAACGACCCUGUCUUGCAUUUCGUUCUGCUAAACACUGCCUGUUUGCUCACUGUGAGCGGCAUAUGUGAAGCAGGCACAAGCCAUAUGGGUCCCGGGGAUGACGGUAACGUGUUAAAGGAGAGAGGGCCUGGCGGCUUGAGGUGGAAAGAGGGCCUCAGAAGGGCCAGAUGGUGCAUCGAAAGCGGCGCUGCGUUGAAGCAGUGGGAGGGCUUUGUUGAAGCUACGAAUGCGCUGACCGCAAGCUAA